CUCCGGGCUGUUGAUGAUGCAGGAAUUGGGGAAGCUGCUUAUUCAAAUAUUGUUGCGAUUCUGACUGAUUCAUCGACCACAAUUCUGCCUGAAUCAACAACACAAUUUCUACCUGUUUCAGCAACUCCAACCGUUGGAGUGGUAACGGCGGCAAGUAAACCACGGGGAACUGAUAAAAUUAUAGUUGCAGCAGGAGUGGCAGGCUCUUUUCUUUUUCUCGUGCUUGUUGUAAUUGUGUUGUUUUUCGUGCGAAAACGAAUACGGAAUAAACAGCGAGAGCAAUCAGUUAAGGUAAAGAUUCUUUUCCUCGUAUUAUUGGUAAUAUUUUACUGCAUAACCAUUUUGAAACAGUUAUUGGAUGAGGAAUUAGCUCUUACAUCCCAAUAAUCAAGGUUGCAGAUAGCACAUGUAUAUCACAGAAACAGGAAAAAAUAGAAAAUUAAUAUAUCUACGUUAGCGUCCAAACAAUGUACAUUUUGCAAAAUAAAUUCGGGAAACGUUGCUCGUUCAUGUUAGAAUAUUUUGUUUUUAUUCAUCGUUGGAUUGACAUUUCUUUUAAGACACACCAAACAGUUUCUUACGGUCCCAAGGUACGUUGUGAUCAACACAGGUGUUCUUUACCCUGAAAAACCCUCACUCUAACCAUAGUUAAUAUAAUGAGAGGGUUUGGAAAGCCCGGUCACGUGGCAAAAUAACUUAUUGGUCUUUGUCACGUGGAAGCCGAGGUGCAUUCGAUGAGGUGUUUACAUAGUAAAAUCAUAUACAUUAAGCUAAGGGGAACACAAAAUCAUCGUAUUUAGACAAUUUUUUCGCGAUGCCAGGAGCGAAUUCCUCCAUAUUUGUUUACGCGACAAGUCGAAAGCACGUGGAGUAGGAAUUUUUAAAAUUCCUGCAGAAACAGAUGAAUUAUCGAAGAAAACCCGCGAAGCUUGGAUAAGUGCAUGUUUACGAAAGACCGCUCUGUGAACGAAUGUUUGCGUCGACAAAUGAAUUGCGGAAACAUGUAUGUCUGUGAGAGGCAUUGUAGGAAAGAAGAAUAUGAGUGCUGUAUUAAAGAAUACAUUAGAGACCUUACGAUUUUAGGACGGCAACGCGACGGCAACGGCUACCAAAUACCAAUACAACAGAUCAUUGAAAAGAAUUGAAAAAUUACAAUAUAUGAAUAAUUUAGACAUUGUCCUCGCUCUGUUUAGAACGCCAAAUCAAAGAUUUUCACGUCUUCAUACAACGGCUGCAUUUCAAGCAACAACAAGUGCAACCUUAAUUUAAAUUGGGUUCAGGAGAACUCUACCCAUGUCUUCAACUUCUAAAACUGUAUUAAAUUCAUACGAUAUAUUGAUGAUAUACGACGAAUUAUCUUUCCUACCAUUCAUUUGAAGGAGUUUGUUUUGGCCGUCGCAUCGCGUUGCCGUCCUAAGUCGUAAGGUCUCUAUUAUUAUCUCAGACGCGACACUUUAAUUAAUAUAUAUCAGUGUGGUGUUUGAGGACCUUUAGAGUCGAAAACAAUAGUGCUCUGUAUAGAUAUUGCUCUAUGGCCUUUAGGUCACAUUGAGCACUCUACAGGAUGAGCCAUUGCUGCAUACGCAUUAUGCGCAUGCUCACUGCUUGCAGUUUGAGCACUCUGGCAAUGGUUUGAUGUCCCACAUUCGUGAGACAUCAAAGGUAACUAUAUAUAUAUAUAUAUAUAUAUAUAUAUAUAUAUAUAUAUAUAUAUAUAUAUAUAUAUAUAUAUAUAUAUAUAUAUAUAUAUAUAUAUAUAUAUAUAUAUAUAUAUAUAUAUAUAUAUUCAUAUAUAUAUAUAUAUAUAUAUAUAUAUAUAUAUAUAUAUAUAUAUAUAUAUAUAUAUAUAUAUAUAUAUAUAUAUAUAUAUAUAUAUAUAUAUAUAUAUAUAUAUAUAUAUAUAUAUAUAUAUAUAUAUAUAUAUAUAUAUAACUACAGACGGUACCGUUUCGGCCUUUUGGGCCUCAUCAUUGUAGUGCUGAUGAGCAGGAUGAAAGUAACCACUUAAUAAAUAGUUACCUUUGAUGUCUCACGAAUGUGGGACAUCAAACCAUUGCCAGAGUGCUCAAACUGCAAGCAGUGAGCAUGCGCACAAUGCGUAAGCAGCAAUGGCUCAUCCUGUAGAGUGCUCAAUAUGACACAAAGGCCAUAGAGCAAUAUCUAACUAUAUAUAUAUAUAUAUAUAUAUAUAUAUAUAUAUAUAUAUAUAUAUAUAUAUAUAUAUAUAUAUAUAUAUAUAUAUAUAUGCUUAUUAAGCAAAUGCAAAUGGCUAUUAAGCAUAUUAAUAUAAAUGUAUGUGAUAUAUCUACGAGCUUUAUAGAUUAUUAGUGGCAUUAGUGAUUUUUACGGUAUAAAACGGGAGCAGAUCGGCCAAUGGAACACAAGAAGGUCUUAAACGUUGCCUUUUUCAUUGGCAAAGUACGAUAAAGUCUUUACAUUUUUCUCAAAACGUUGUAAAACCAUCGAAAAAACCUCAAUUAGUAUAGAAUUAAUAUAUAGAUUAUACUAUGAAAUCGCCAUGUUAUGAACCUCGACUGUCACGUGAUGCGUCUAUUCGAGUUUAUGUGUUAAUAGGUCACGUGUUGCUUUGAAGUUUGCCGGCCUUCCAAACCCUCUCAUUAUAUUAACUAUGCCCUAACUCUGCCACAAAAUUAGUUGAACUAUUUUGACUGAUUUAACAUCGCGACUUCUAUUACCUGCCAUUCAUGCAUUCCUUACACAAAGUCCUAAGAUGUCUUGGUAAAGCUGGCGAUUGCUGGAAAAUUGCGUGCUAUAUAGGCUCAACUUGCAAUCAACAUUUCAGUGAUUUUCAUAUUUAAAGUAGUGCGUUCUUCCCAUUAGCCAUGUAGUUAUUACACUGUAGAAUAAUUCGAUAUAUUGCUUUCUUUUUGAAAAUUUAAUUAAUUAUUCAAUUUCUCGCGAGAAGAAUAGAAUAUUUUCGCCGUGGGAAAAUCUGAAGAUGUUUCAAACCUAUAGUUUAAUCGAGUAAUUCAAUAAUUCUUGCUUCCUGCUCUUGCUCGUAGGAAUUUCAGUCCUGGCAUGAGAGACACGCCGAGUGUUCAAGCUCUCCAACCUCUGCUUUGCUUCAACUGGACACGUUCAAACGCAAAAGAGGUGAGUAUUACGAACAGUGUUGCGUUCUAUGAAUUAUCAACAAGUGUGAAGGCUCGUACGUAUAUAUAUAUAUAAGGCUGAUUGGCUAAGAGCUGUGUUGAUAUAACUCAAUGUCUUUUUAUAGUUAGGUUUCAUGCGAUUUAUUUCCGCCCAGUUGAUAAUAUUGUUUGUUUCCAUAUAAGAGGCGUCACUAUCAUCCGUGACCUUAAUCCCUAGAUUUAUGUCAUCUGCAAAUUUAACAAUUAAGUUUGAGGCUUGAACAGGACGGAUAUCAUUAAUCAUUAUAGAAAACAGUAUUGGGCCUAAUACUGAUCCUUGAGGAACUCCCCGAUUUAUAGGCAAAUAUUCUGUUUUAACGCCAUCAACAACGACUCGUUGAUACCUAUUGGUUAGGAAAUUGAUGAUCCAAUUGGUAAUAUAGGAACUAAUAGGAAGCUUCUUCAGCUUGUUGCAUAAAAUCUCGUGCGGUACCGUGUCAAAAGCUUUGCUGAAAUCAAAAGAGAAGACGCGUACCAUACUAGCAUUACCAUCCAACCAUUCCAUCCAGGUAUGUUGCGCUUUUAUUAGGGCCAUUGUAGAGCUAUAACCUCUUUUAUAUGCAAACUGAUCUUUAUGGAUGUCAUUUUCCAUCACCUGAACUAAUUCAGUUGUAUAGAUUGCUCUUUCAAAAAGGCGAACAGUUAUAUUAGUCAACGAAAUGGGUCGUAAUUGGUUUGAUUCUGCGGAGGAGAUUCUUUGGGGACAGGAAAAAGAUUUGCAAGUUUCCAACUGUCAGGAACAAUGCCCAGUUUGAUUGAGCUGUUAAAAAUGAUGGUUAUCACAGGCGCAAUAUCAUAUCCAUAUAGGUGUUCCAAAACCAAUGUGGUAACCCAUCUGGACCCGAGGUGGUUCGUUUCUGAUAUAAUAGUAGUAUACAAAAAGUAUGGACGGAUAAUUCAGGGAAUAGGGAGAGGUUGAGGGGUAACACGGGGAAUAGAGAAAGUUUGAGGGGUAACAUAGUCAGGAUCUGUAUUAAUAGUUUGAAAAUGCUCAUUCAUUUCCUUUUGGAUCAAUAAUGUGGCUUAAUGGUACUUAACUAUUGCCACGAUCAGUUAUUUUGUUAACUAAUGACCACCAUCUUUUAUAUAUAUAUAUAUAUAUAUAUAUAUAUAUAUAUAUAUAUAUAUAUAUAUAUAUAUAUAUAUAUAUAUAUAUAUAUAUACAUAAUGCAAAGCUCACUUCCCUCGUGGUUGUUUGAGCACUCUGGCCCCAUGUCACUCUGCGCAUGUCUGGAUGCGUUGAUGGCUCGUGUUGUACCACACGCGCUUGGGAGGGCAAGUGUCAUGUAUAUCAAUACGAAAGUCAUUGCGUGUCUAGAUGUGUACCAAGCUGCACUGAUGAGGCGUAGGACGCCGAAACAUGCAUGUCUUCAGAUUGUGCUAUUACGCUCCUUCACUUCGGUGUUAUAGAGCACUCUGUGGAGUUAAUUGGGUGUCCAUUAGCAAUAAUGCAAAGCUCAUUUCCCUCGUGGUUGUUUGAGCACUCUGGCCCCAUGUCACUCUGCGCAUGUCUGGAUGCGUUGAUGGCUCGUGUUGUGCCACAUGCGCUUGGGAGAGCAAGGGUCAUGUAUAUCAAUACGAAAGUCAUUGCGUGUACGGCAAGUUGUUCGCUUUUUAUGUAAAUGUUCGACUUUAUUUCUUUAUUUUAUAUUUUGGACUUUAUUUAAAUUGUCGGCUGGUCAUGGUUUUUCAAAAAAUAAGAACACAGUCUUAUCACCGCCUGAUGGAGAGUUUAUAUACCAAUUGGGUUAUUCUAAAAUCUAAUAUUUAAUAUCUAAUCUUCUAGGAUUAAUAUAGCUAUCGCGGGCGCGAUGCGAAACAAAUGUGAUAAGUGUUUUAAAUGAAAUUAAAAUGUUUUGAUUUGGAAAUUAUAUAACCUCAAAUAUUAUUCACACUUUUAACUCAACACAAAUUGAAAAGUUGCAUGAAGACAUGUGUAAAUUACUUGCAAUCAUGUACCAUACACCCUUGAAAAUUUAAAAUAGAGCAUAAUUUGCAAUUAUAUUCAUUCAUGACACCACUAUACAUGACCACAUCAUAUGCAAAUUGUAAAUUAUAUCGAGAUUUUUGGUCCAGUCCAGUUGACCGAUUAGAAAAAACCGCAUCACAUGCCAAUUGCGAAACGUCAUGUUCCCUGAAUGCUUUGAUGACAUCGGGCAACUGACGAUCCCGUAUAUGUUAUCAGAUAGUCCCAAGAAACAGGCUAGCUGUUUCCUUCGCUCAUAUUAAGUAAUAUUAAUCAAAUGUUGCGAAAAUUUCUGGUUUAAUAUUAGAUAAUUGAACGCCUCGAUCUUUAUUUACCUGUAGAAUAUAAAAUUAUAUUUCAGAAAUACAGCCAGAAGAAAUUUCAUACGUCGUGCUAUUGAAAGACUGGGAUAUAUCACCAAGCCAUUUGAAAUUACUGGAUAAAAAAUUAGGAGCUGGUCAGUUUGGAAUGGUCAAAGAAGGUUUAUAUACAUCUUCUGAAAAUAGCAUUCCUGAGGUUGUUGCUGUAAAGAUGCUGAAAGGUAUU